AGCUCAUUUCCGGAAUAGUGGUCUGCUUUGAAAAUGGUGAACUCUAGCAUCAUUCCGACUUUUCUUGUCAGUUGGGUUCAACUUAUUGUACCACAGCCAUGCUUCGACAAAUUCUUCAUCGACUUUGACUUUUUUGAUGCAACCUGUUUGAAGAUUGUUGUAAGUAAAGGUCUGGGGUUUGCCAUCAUCGUUGGAUCAUUAAUAGUCAAGGUGCCUCAGGUGGUGAAGAUUCUGGGCGCCCGGAGUGGGGAGGGCAUCAACCUGUAUGCCAUCACAUGUGAGAUAGUCGCCAUAUCGUCAACCUGGGCGUACGGAUAUGCACUGAAAUUUCCAUUCAGUGCCUAUGGGGAGGCGGUGUUCCUGGGGUUCCAGACGGUGCUUAUUGCCAUGCUAGUACUAUUCUACAGCGGCAAUACACCAAUGGCGAUCAUCUACGUCACAGUGUACUCCUUCAGCAUGAUGUUCCUCCUGUCUCCCAUGGCGCCAAUGUCGUUACUGUCGAUGCUGCAAGCUGGCAACUCCCUUGUUAUUGCCAUUAGCAAGAUUAUACAAGCGUCAGCGAACUAUCGUAACAGCAGUACGGGGCAGUUGUCGCUUGUUACGGUCACCUUGCUGUUCCUGGGCGCGGUGGCUCGCAUCUUUACCUCCAUUCAAGAGACAGGGGAUGCCCUGGUUAUCUUCUCCUAUGUUGUGUCCAGUCUAUUUAACGGGAUCAUCUUAGCACAGAUACUCUACUACUGGAAUGCUAAACCCAAACAGAAGAUGCAGUAGGGGACGUCCUAGACAUCCAAGGAGUUGUAUUUUGUCUGAAAUUUAACACAUUUUUUUCUAAGUUUAGGAAAGUAAUAUUUGGGCAUGAGUACGAUGAUGUCAAAAGGCUGAAGAAAUAACAAAGAUAUACAAAUUUUCAAGGGUGAUAUGAGGUAAAUUUCCUUAAGAAUAACACUUGAAAUAAAGCCGUGAAAAAAAUAAGUGGUUUUAAACAUACAGUCACCUAUGGUUAUAAUGAACUCGCUUAUAACGAACUGUAUUUGCUGUAGUUAUGCUGUAUAUGUGCUUAUAACGAACUACGGUUAUAACGAACUAAAAUUAGAAGUCCCUUUGAGUUCGUUAUAACCGAGGUUUACUGUAUUUCUAGUUUGUCAGAGCAUGUUUAAUUAAUUUUUUUGUCAUUUCUUUUUUAGAUUUGUGUUUUUUCUAUAACACGAGAACUAAAUUGGCCUGGCCUUACAAAAUACCAACAUUAAGUUUUGUUAGGUCACAGUGAAUUUAUGAUGUUGAUAUUAAUAUCUAUAGAAGCAGUCUACAUAUUUUUAUAGAACUAUUUUUAUUAUACUAUAAGAAGUUUUAAACAGGUCGGGAGCACGGGUGGCCCAGUUGUUUAAGGCGCCGCGAUUCUCUGUGCAGAGUUGCGUUCCUUGGGCACGCCAGAAACCUAUGAUUGUGGGUUCGAAUCCCGGUUCGCCCCGAUUAUGUUUCAAGGUU